AUGGCACCGCAGCUGUCGGAAGCCUCAUCGAGCCCGCUGCCAACCUUUGCUCCGGCGCUGAAGCCGCCGCCGGGGGUGACGCCGAACCCUAACCAUCCAGCCUCGUUGGCCUAUCUCGCCGACAUCACCAUCGCGAUAUGCAUCCCGCUCGUCACCGUCUUCUUCCUUCUGCGCACCUACGUCCGCAUCUUCAUCAAACGCGUCUGGACAUUUGAGGAUGCCUUGGUGACGCUCGCCUGGGCGGGCACCGUCGCCUACUGCGGCAUCAUGAGAGCCACCAUGUCCCACCACGGAGGCCAGCACGGCUGGGAUAUCACCUUGGACGAGGUCCACGAAGCCGCGUACUGGUUCAACGUCGCCGCCAUUGAAUACGGCGUCAUGAUUGGGCUCACCAAGCUUGCGGUGCUCUGGCUGUACCGCCGCGUCUUCUCGCCCAUCCGCUGGAGCAAGUUUGACAUGACCAUCGUCACGCUCAUCGCCGUCAUCUUUGGAUUCUACGGCACCACGUCUCUGGUCAAGAUAUUCGAGUGCAGCCCGCGCGAAAAGAUCUGGAAUCCCACAGUCGCCGGCCAAUGCGUCGACAUUCACAUCAUCCUGAACGUGAGUGGUGCUUUCAACACCGUCACGGAUUACUUGAUCCUACUGCUACCCAUCCAUGCCGUGUGGAGGCUGCAGAUGGACCGGCUCAAGAGAGUCCUCGUCGUGCUCGCCUUUACAUUUGGCCUAUGCGCGCCCAUCUUUGCAACCAUCGGCUUCGUCGUCCGCCUCAGGAACAGCGGCAACCACGACACGUCGUGGAAGCAACCCGAGAUUCUACUCUGGGGCGCGGCGGAACUCGCCUCGGGCAACUUGUGCGUCUGCUUCCCCGAGCUCGCUGUUCUCUUCCGCAAGAAGAACCGCAGGCGCGGCCGCCCGCGUCGGCCGACAGACUCGGAGAUGAAGGAUUCGCAAGAGAUGAAGCACGGGAGGAAGCCGCCCUCGGACCCUUACUUUACCAAGAGCCUCAUGAGCACCGUGUUUAGCACAGCCGGGGAUGCGGAGUAUGUCGAGCUGCAAGAGCAGGCCAACUCUGCUCGUAAAGCCGACGUCGCACCAACCAACAAACCAGACUCGUCCAUCCACCACCACCGGUCCCCGCCCUUGGGCUUUGCAUCAUCUCCUCCCCCGUCACAAACCAUCUCUCUCUACCUCUGUCCGUGGCAAAAUGGCAUUGCGGACUCGCUCGGGACGCCAACUCGCUCACCUCCGUCCCGUCCAUACCGUCGCUGCACCUGGUCGUCCUCGCCCGCGCGCGCGCCUCCCGGCACCACCACGCGCCGGAGCUCCCUUUUCGACCAGCAGCCAGCAUCUGCUCCAAGUUUCUUCCAGCCGGGCGAGUAUGGCGUCCUCUCAGGCGACCCAAGGGUCGUACACGACGGCAUUUGCUCUGUUCGAAGCUCUCUGGGAGGUAUGGCCGGCGCUCCCCUCCCUGUUCGUUCGUCCAUGGUCUGCAAACGGAUCGGCAGCUUACAAUCAAAGGCGGGCAUCACCGCUUGCUUUGUCAACGUUGGCUCCGAUCACCCCUCCAUCAUCGAAGCCAUGGUCAGAGGCAAGAGGGAACGGCCGAAUUCGUGGCCUCGGAUCGUCACAUGCCCAGCUGAGGUCACGGCCAUCUCCAUGGCCGACGGGUAUUCUCGCGUAUCUGGCCGGCCACAGGCUGUCUUGGUGCACGUCGACGUCGGCACGCAAGCUCUCGGCCAAGGCAUCCACAACGCCAGCGUCGGCCGCGUCCCCGUCUUCAUCUUUGCCGGCAUGUGUCCCUACACCGAGUCGGGCGAGGUCACGGGCUCGAGGACGGAAUACAUGCACUGGCUACAAGAAGCCCCGGAUCAAAAGGCCAUAGUGCGCCAGUAUUGUCGAUAUACAGGCGAGGUCCGCACCGGACUCAACAUCAAGCAGACCAUCGGGCGCGCGCUGCAGUUCGCCAACAGCACACCCAAGGGCCCGGUCUAUGUUGCGAGCGCCCGCGAGGUCCUGGCUCAAGAGAUCAAGCCAUACUCGUUGGAUCAAGAGCAGUGGGUGCCCGUCGGACCAGGCGCGCUCCCCCAUGAUGCCGUCCGCGACAUUGCCACCGCGCUCGUGCGAGCUGAACGACCGCUCAUCGUCACGGGAUACUCGGGCCGAGAUCGUCGCUGCCCUGAUCUUCUCGUUGCGUUGGCGGAUCUCAUCCCAGGCAUUCGCGUUCACGAUACCGGCGGCAGCGACAUGUGCUUCCCCUUCUCCCACAGCGCCUCGGAGGGCUUCCGCCUGAGUUUCGACGAGUGCACCAAGGACACGGACAUGGUGUUCCUCCUGGACUGUGACGUGCCCUGGAUCCCAUCGCGAAACCCGCCGCCAAAGGACGCCAAGGUCUACCACGUAGAUUGCGACCCUCUCAACCAGCAGAUUCCAGUAUCCUUCUUCCCCGCCCACGGGCGCUGGAAAGCAGACAGCUUUACCGCCUUGAGCCAGCUUGUUGAGUACAUCAGGAAUGACGCCUCGCUCGGCACGCAGUUGAAAGACCCCAAGUACGGGGCGCGCGGAGCGGCUCGCGACAGGGCCCACGCAGCUCGCCUGGAGGACAUUGCUUCUCGAGCUCGCCUGGGUGACGACCACGUUCUCGAUGCUUCCAAUAUCGGUAGCCUCCUGAGAAGCUCACUCCCAGGCUCAACAACGUUUGUGAUUGAAGCCGUCACCGCUGCCCAAACCCUGUCUGACCAGCUGCAGCCCAGCCGAGCCGGGAGCUGGAUCAACUGCGGUGCAACCGGAAUUGGCUGGAGCAACGGUGCAGCGCUCGGCGUCAAGAUGGCACUGAUGGAUCGUGAAAACGACAAGGACCAUAUUAUCAAGCCGGACCCAAAUCUUGUUUGUCAGAUUGUCGGGGACGGAAGCUUCAUGUGCGCCGCACCCUCGAGCGCCCUCUGGGUCGCAAGCAAGUACAAGAUACCCAUUCUCACAAUUGUAUUGAAUAACGGAGGAUGGAAAGCUCCUCGAAACUCUGCGGAACUCGUCUACCCCGGUGGCCUCGCUUCCAGCGCAACUGACGACGAGAUUGGCGUUUCCUUCCGCCCUACUCCAAACUACGCUGCCUUGGCCGAAGCAGCGGCCGGGUCGCAGACUGGCUGGGCUGGUUCGGUGGAUGAUGAUGCAGCUUGGAUGAAGGGCAUGCGAGUAAGGACGGUGGCGGAUCUCAGGAAGGCGCUAAAGCUGGUGGAGUCGAGGGUCAUUGAGCAGCGGAAAGGAAUGCUGCUCGAGGUUCUACUGUAG